AGAUCUGCAAAUGUAACUGCAAAAUUUAGAUAUGAGGUCAAUUUUCAGAAAUUAUUACAUAGUUGAACAGUAAGUGCAGACAAUAUUGUUUGCAUAUAAAAUGAUCUGCCAGUUGCCAAGAGGAUAUUUUGGCUAUGUGGUGCGUGUAGUAGGGACAACUCAACUAUCACAUGUGAGGCGCAGGCUACAGCAGUCAAGGCCCCACAAACAAAGUGUGUCGGUUGUGGUGAGGCAUUAUACUGCACUCUCACAUGCCUCUCACCGCUCCCUGCUUGUGGGCGCUGGUGCAAGCACCACGCCAGUGCGCGGUGUGGGACUGCUGGUGGCCAGGGUGCUCAGAGGCGCCCUCAAGCUGCGUUACCUGCUCCUUGGUGGCACAAUUGCUGGUGGCAGUGCUUUGGCAAAGACUUAUGAAGAAUGGAAGGCUGCUCUGCCAGACUCAAAGUUCCUGCAGGACUUGUUGCCCUCGGCUGAAGAGGUUGACAAGAUGCGGAUGAAGCUCCUUGCAUUUAAAGACUCAAUUAAAGAUGCGGUGCCUGACUUUCAACUUGACCCUCGUCUGCGUGAGUUAGGCGACGCGCGCUACGGGGAGCUGGUGUCGUGGUUCAACAAGCGUCUGGAUGACGCCAUCCGCGCUGCUGAGGAGGAGAAGAGAGAUGCCUCGCAACCUAUAUUCACGGAGGGAUCUCUGUUGCAUCUCUCUGGUACUCCUGAUUAUCGAGCUCUUCCUCCUGCGCCCACAGAUUUAGCCUCGGAUCUAAAACAACAUGCAAUUUCUUUCACUUCUGGAGGCGGAACUGAUAAGGAAAAGGCGCAAGUUCUUCAUGUGAAGAAGUCGCUGAUAGACAUGUACAGCGAGGUACUGGACGAGCUCUGUGACUACGACACGAGUUACGACACUCACGACCACCUGCCCAGAGUCGUGGUUGUGGGGGACCAAAGCUCAGGCAAAACAUCCGUCUUGGAGAUGAUUGCUCAGGCCCGAAUUUUCCCCCGCGGGGCGGGCGAGAUGAUGACGCGCGCCCCUGUGAUGGUGACUCUCAGUGAAGGCCCCUACCACAUCGCGCAGUUCAAAGACUCUUCUAGAGAGUUUGAUCUCUCCAAAGAGGCGGAGCUAAGUGAGCUGCGCAAGGAGGUGGAGCUGCGCAUGCGCAACAGCGUCGCUGGAGGACGCACGGUCAGCCAUGAGAUCAUCAGCAUGACCGUUAGAGGACCCGGCCUGCAACGCAUGGUGCUGGUCGAUCUGCCUGGCAUCAUAAGUACUGUGACGAGUGACAUGGCUGUGGACACGCGGGAAGCGAUCACGAGCAUCUCAGAGCAGCACAUGAGCAACCCGAACGCCAUCAUCCUGUGCGUGCAGGACGGCUCCGUUGACGCUGAGCGCUCGAACGUCACGCAGCUCGCAGCCAGGAUGGACCCCACGGGACGCAGGACCAUCUUUGUCCUCACUAAAGUUGAUCUCGCCGAGGAAAAUCUUGCUAAUCCUGAACGGAUAAAGAAAAUCCUGGCUGGUCGUUUAUUUCCUAUGAAAGCCCUUGGCUACUUCGCAGUAGUUACGGGACGUGGCAAUAAAAAUGAAACCAUCAACGACAUCAGAGAUUACGAGGAGCAGUUCUUCAAAAGCUCUAAGCUCUUCAGGUCCGGCGGUGUGGUGUCAACGCAUCAAUGCACCACACGCAACCUAUCGUUCGCAGUGAGCGAGUGCUUCUGGAAGAUGGUGCGCGACACGGUCGAGCAGCAGGCGGAUGCCUUCAAGGCUACACGCUUCAACUUAGAAACUGAGUGGAAAAAUAACUUUCCCAGAUUAAGGGAACUGGACCGCAAUGAAUUGUUUGAGAAGUGCCGUGGGGAGAUCCUGGACGAGGUUGUGAACCUGUCGCUGGUGUCGCCCAAACACUGGGAGGAGGCGCUCUCGAGGAAGCUCUGGGACAAAAUAAAUACCUAUGUCUUCGAGAACAUUUAUCUGCCAGCCGCGCAGUCUGAUAACUCUGGCACGUUCAACACGACUGCGGACAUCAAACUGAAGCAAUGGGCAGACCAGAUGCUCCCUAAACGCUGCGUCGAGAUCGGCUGGGAGACUCUCCAAGAGGAGUUCAAGGGCCUCCUGGACGCUGCGAAGAAGUCUCGGGAUCAUGAUAACAUUUUCGAUAAUCUGAAGGCGGCAGUGAUGGAAGAAGCCAUAAAGAGACACGAGUGGGAAGACAAAGCAAGUGACAUGUUGCGGGUCAUCCAACUUAAUGCAUUCGAGGAUCGCUCUGUGCCUGACAAACCACAGUGGGAUGCAGCGUGUCACUUCCUGGAGGAGGCCUUGCAGGAAAAAAUAGCCGCUAAUGAUGCAAAGCUCAAAGAGAUGCUCGGGCCAAGCAGCUGGGACCAGUGGGUUUACUGGUGCAACCCUACAGAAGAACAGAAAAAACGUUCGGCUGUUCGUAUGGAGCUGGAGAAGCUGCUGCAGGCAACAUUUAACCACAAAAAUACCCUCUCUUACGACGAGCUCACCACCACGCGAAAAAACGUGCAAACUUUAGGUUACGACGUCGACAACGAAUGCAUACGGGAGACCUGGCACCUGGUGUACAGGCGUCACUUCAUGCGCAAGGCUCUGGCACGAGCGUACGACUCGAGGAAAGCGUUCUAUGCGUACCACCAGGGCCUCGAGAGCGAGCUGGGCGUCGACUGCAACGACGUCGUGCUCUUCUGGCGAAUACAUCAGAUGGUCAGAGUAACGGCCAACGCGCUCCGACAACAGAUUAUGAACAGAGAAGCACGGCGGCUGGAGCGAGAGAUCAAGGAGGUGCUGGAGGAGGUCGGGUGCGACAGAGACAAGAAGGCCGAGCUGCUGGUCGGGCGUCGCGUGUUGCUGGCUGAGGAGCUCAAGAGAGUGCGACAAAUACAGGAGAAACUUGAGGAGUUUAUACAAGCUCUCAACAGUGAAAAGUAGUCUUGUUGAUUUAGAACUCUUCGAUAUUAUUAUUAAUCUUCUGUAAUCUAGUUCUGCGCUUUCGCGCUCUUAUAUAUAGGUUAAUUAAUGCAUAAAGUAAGCAAAAAUGUCUCACGUCCUGUCCACAAUUUAGUCAUGCAUGGGCUAGACCAUUAGAAACAUAAUUGAUCGUUUUUUAACAAGCCUAACGCUGGGAUAUGCUCACAUGUUCUGAUUUCCAUUAUCAGGAUAUGUGAACAUAUCCUGAUGUAUAUUACUAUGUAUGAAGCUGGUGUUUAAUUUCAUUGAAAUUAGAAUAAUCUGAGGCCAGCAAUCGGUUUGAUCUCUUGCUAAAGAAAGAUAUGUACAUAUAAUGUUUACUUUCAGUCUAUGGCUGUCGACGAUGCGAAUUCACGUGAGUGGCCCCUUGAUUUAGGUGAAACCUGAGUUCAUCGUGAUCGUUGCGUUAUAGUGAUAUUUCUUGCUGGUCGACCUUAUUGUUGUGUUAAUAUUUCUGUAAAAUAUUUACGAGACCUUGAUGCCAACUAUUGGGCUAGGUCAUACGAGUAAAGUUUUUUUUUCCGAACUGCCAUUAUCUUUUAUAUUAUGAUCAGUUGUGUGGCGGGUUUCUAAUUGCAAUAUUGAAGGCAUAAUAUCGCUAUUCGUUAACUGACGAUUCACAAGUAAUGACUAUUUCAACACUUUUGAGCUGUCGUAUAUUUAUUAUUUGUGUUCGGUAUCAUUACCUAAUUAAAUUUUUUGUGAUUUUAUUGGCGAUGAAACCGCUAAUAAAAUUAACGCUGUGUAGACUUGUUGGGAGACUCGAGAAGAUAAGUAGUGGUACAAUAUGGCAUUUUUCUACUUUAUUUUAUGGAAGAAUAUAUUUGUUGUUUCGUCUCCGAAUUUCUUGCAAGAUUUGCUGGAGGCUUGCAAAAUGGUCAAGAUGUUUUCGUACUCUUCUAGUGGGAUACGUACGAAAAUAUUUCUUCAUUAGUCGAUUUAAACGUAUAACGUAACGUAAAUUUUUAGAAUUUUGAACAAACCCCAACAAAAGCAUGGAUCUUCUAUUUGGUCACCCUCACCAUUCGUUAGCUUAAGUAGUAAUUGUAACUGUGUCGAACUAAAUAAAAAGAAUGUUCCCAAAAAUAAGUAAAAAGUAUUUUCCAAAAU